AUGGCCGGAGCUCAGCAAAACGGCACCAAUGGCUCUGCCAAUGGUAGCCCGAGCUCUUCGGCCGCAAAAUACAACCUCGCACCGCAUUUCAUCGGCGGGAACCAUCUCGGUGCAGCGGCGCCCGGCAAGGUCAAGGACUUUGUGGCCGCUCAGGAUGGUCACACCGUCAUCACAAACGUCCUCAUUGCCAACAACGGUAUUGCUGCAGUCAAGGAGAUCCGCUCCGUGCGGAAGUGGGCAUACGAGACCUUUGGCGAUGAGCGGGCCAUCCAGUUCACCGUCAUGGCCACGCCCGAGGAUCUGCAGGCGAACGCAGAGUACAUCCGCAUGGCUGACCAGUACGUUGAGGUGCCGGGAGGUACCAACAACAACAACUACGCCAACGUCGAGCUGAUUGUCGAUAUUGCCGAGCGUAUGAAUGUUCACGCCGUGUGGGCAGGAUGGGGUCACGCAUCCGAGAACCCAAAGCUCCCCGAAUCGCUCGCCGCCUCCCCGAAGAAGAUCGUUUUCAUUGGUCCACCAGGGUCCGCCAUGCGGUCGCUGGGAGACAAGAUCUCGUCCACAAUCGUCGCACAGCACGCCAAGGUGCCUUGCAUCCCAUGGUCGGGAGAGGGCGUAGAUCAGGUCGUGGUCGAUGACAAGGGCAUUGUCACCGUCGAGGAAAGCGUCUACGACAAGGGCUGCACCAAGACACCUGAAGAGGGUCUGGAGGCAGCCAAGAAGAUUGGCUUCCCUGUCAUGGUGAAGGCCUCGGAAGGUGGUGGCGGAAAGGGCAUUCGAAAGGUCGAAAGUGAGGAAGACUUCAUCCCGCUGUACAAGGCGGCGGCGUCGGAAAUUCCUGGCUCGCCUAUUUUCAUCAUGAAGCUCGCAGGCACUGCACGUCAUUUGGAAGUGCAGCUGCUCGCUGACCAGUAUGGUAACAAUAUCUCGCUGUUUGGUCGUGACUGCUCCGUCCAGCGACGACACCAGAAGAUCAUUGAGGAAGCGCCUGUAACGGUUGCCACACCAAAGACUUUCCACGAGAUGGAGAAGGCGGCUGUAGCUCUCGGCAAGCUCGUCGGCUACGUCUCCGCUGGUACAGUCGAGUACCUCUACUCGCACGCCGACGACAAGUUCUACUUCCUAGAGCUGAACCCCCGUCUUCAAGUCGAGCACCCUACCACUGAGAUGGUCACUGGCGUUAAUCUCCCAGCUGCCCAGCUUCAGAUUGCCAUGGGUCUCCCUCUGCACCGCAUUCGCGACAUCAGAUUGCUUUAUGGCGCGGACCCUCACACCAGCACUCCCCUAGACUUCGACUUCGACAAGGAGGGCAGCGUCCAGAAGCAGCGACGACCCACUCCCAAGGGCCACUGCACUGCCUGCCGUAUCACAUCCGAAGAUCCUGACGAGGGUUUCAAGCCUUCUGGCGGUACAAUGCACGACCUCAACUUCAGGAGUAGCUCGAACGUUUGGGGUUACUUCUCCGUCAGUUCCGCUGGUGGUAUCCACAGCUUCUCCGAUUCCCAAUUCGGUCACAUUUUCGCUUAUGGCGAGAACCGACAAGCAUCACGGAAACACAUGGUCGUUGCGCUCAAGGAAUUGAGCAUUCGUGGUGACUUCAAGACCACCGUCGAGUACCUUAUCAAGCUUCUUGAGACCCCUGCUUUCGAAGACAACACCAUUACCACUGGCUGGUUGGACGAACUGAUCUCCAAGAAGCUCACUGCCGAGCGCCCUGAUCCCAUGAUCGCUGUUGUAUGCGGUGCCGUCACCAAGGCGCACGUUGCGAGCGAAGACUGCAUUACUGAGUACAAGACCAGCCUUGAGAAGGGUCAGGUUCCUUCCAAGGAUGUUCUCAAGACCGUGUUCCCCAUCGACUUUAUCUACGAGGGUUUCCGGUACAAAUUCACUGCCACCCGAUCCAGCAUCGACAGCUUUACUCUCUUCAUCAACGGUUCAAAGUGCUCCGUUGGUGUAAGAGCACUUGCUGAUGGUGGUCUUCUUGUGCUUCUCAGCGGCAAGUCCCACAGCGUGUACUGGAAGGAGGAGGUCGGCGCUACUCGUGUCUCCGUCGAUGGAAAGACCGCGCUUCUGGAACAAGAGAACGACCCUACUCAGCUCCGCACGCCGUCUCCUGGUAAACUCGUCAAAUUCACUGUUGAGAACGGCGACCACAUUAAGAAGGGACAACCUUUCGCCGAAGUCGAAGUCAUGAAGAUGUACAUGCCGCUCAUUGCACAGGAGGACGGUAUUGUCAGCCUAAUCAAGCAGCCCGGAGCUACCCUUGAAGCCGGUGACAUUCUUGGUAUACUCGCACUGGAUGACCCCUCUAAGGUGAAGUCGGCUCAGCCAUUUGUGGGCCUGCUUCCCGAUCUCGGUCCGCCGCAGGUCAUGGGUAACAAGCCGCCGCAGAGGUUCGCCUACCUGUUUGGCGUUGUUAUGCACAUUCUACAAGGUUUCGACAACCAGGUCAUCAUGCAGAGCACACUGAAAGAGCUUGUCGAGGUCCUCCGUGACUCUGAGCUGCCAUACGGUGAGUGGAUCGCACAGGCUUCUGCUCUCCACUCUCGCAUGCCCCAGAAGCUUGACACAACCUUGUCCGAAGUUGUCGAGCGCGCCCACAAGCGAAACCUAGAAUUCCCUGCCAAGCAACUCGCGAAGGCUUUCCAACGCUUCCUUGACGAGAAUGUUCCCGGGAACGAUGCAGAGCUUUUGAAGGCCGGUCUGUCACCCCUGACCGAGAUCAUCGACCGCUACGCCGACGGGCUCAAGGCGCAUGAAUACCACGUUAUGAUCCGCAUUCUGGAGCAGUACUGGACCGUUGAGAACCUGUUCUCCAACCGUGCUGGCCGGGAUGAGGAGGUCAUCCUCAAGUUGCGUGACGAGAACCGGGGCAACAUUGUUCCUGUCGUUCACACAGUUCUCUCUCACACCAGAGUCAACGCUAAGAACAACCUUCUUAUUGCAAUUCUAGACCUUUACCGGCCCAACAAGCCUGGUGCUGGUAAUGUUGCCAAAUACUUCAAGGAUGCUCUCAAGAAGCUUACUGAGCUCGAAUCCCGACAAACUGCCAAGGUUUCUUUGAAGGCUCGUGAGGUGCUCAUUCAGUGCGCCAUGCCUUCCCUCGAAGAGCGUACUUCGCAGAUGGAGCACAUUCUCCGUUCCGCCGUUGUUGAGUCUCGAUACGGCGAGAGUGGUUGGGAUCACCGCGAGCCCAAUUUCGAGGUCAUCAAGGAAGUCGUUGACUCCAGGUACACUGUCUUCGAUGUGCUGCCUCAGUUCUUCGUCCACCAAGAUCCAUGGGUAGCUCUCGCUGCUCUGGAAGUAUACACUCGUCGCGCCUACCGCGCCUACCAGCUCAAGGACAUACACUACCAUACGGACAGCGAGCAGCCAUACCUCCUAUCUUGGGACUUUAUCCUUCGCAAAGUUGGCGAGCAAGAGUAUGGCCUACCUGUCGAGGCUUCACAGCCUGGCACACCAAGCACGCCUGCAUUUGAGCGACCUCCUCGCAUUCACUCUAUCAGUGAUCUAUCUUAUCUGAACUCGAGGGUAGAGGGCGAGCCUAGUCGCAAGGGUGUGGUUGUUCCCGUGGAAUACUUAGACGACGUCGAUGAGUCCAUCGGCAAGGCCCUUGAGAUCUUCCCAUCGCUUAGUGCGAAAAAGAGCGCUGUCAACCUCAGGGACACCAUGACCUUGAAGCGUACUCCUACUUCUGGAGCGAACGUCAAUCAGACUCCUGAUGAACUUACCGGGGUACUGAACGUUGCCGUUCGCGACGUGGAGAGCUUCGAUGACAAGGAGAUCAUGGAGCGCAUCUUGCCCAUCGUAAAGGAGUACAAGGAAGAGCUCUUGGCCCGCCGUAUCCGCCGUCUUACAUUCGUGUGCGGUCACAAGGAUGGAACCUACCCUGGUUACUACACUUUCCGUGGCCCUCACUACGCCGAAGACGACAGCAUUCGUCACGUGGAACCCGCUCUUGCCUUCCAGCUCGAGCUUGGUCGUCUGUCCAAGUUCAACAUCAAACCGGUCUUCACGGAGAACCGAAAUAUUCACAUUUACGAGGCCGUGGGCAAGGGUGCUGAGAGCGACAAGCGCUACUUUUUGAGGGCUGUCGUUCGUUCCGGCCGCCUUCGGGAGGACAUUCCUACCGCCGAGUACAUGAUCUCCGAGACAGACAGGUUGAUGACCGAUAUUCUCGAUGCUCUUGAAAUCGUCGGAACCUCUCAAGCUGACAUGAACCACAUCUUCAUCAACUUCUCUCACGUUUUCCCGCUCGCGCUAAGCGAGAUUGAGGAAGCCAUUGGUGGUUUCUUGGACCGCUUCGGUCGUCGUCUUUGGCGUCUGCGUGUUACUGGUGCUGAGAUCCGCAUCAUCGUAACCGACCCUACAACUGGUGCUCCCUAUCCUCUGCGCGUCGUCAUCACCAACACUUCGGGCUAUGUCAUCAACGUGGAAAUGUAUGCUGAGCGCAAGUCUGAGAAGGCUGGCCGAUGGGUCUUCCACAGCGUUGGUGGAACGACCAAGAUGGGUGCUCUUCAUCUCCAGCCCGUCAACACUCCCUACCCCACCAAGGGCGCUCUGCAGCCAAAGCGUUACAAGGCUCAUCUCAUGGGUACUCAAUACGUUUACGACUUCCCUGAGCUCUUCCGCCAGGCUACAGAGAACAGCUGGAACAACGCUGUUGCCAAACACCCUCACCUGAGCGACAAGCAGCCGUCAAAGGGAGAGUGCAUUGAGUACUACGAGUUGGUGCUCGAUGACAACGAUAACUUGAUUGAGGUGAACCGUGAUUCAGGCACCAACACCAUUGGUAUGGUUGGAUGGAUCGUCACGGCCAAGACACCAGAGUAUUCACGUGGCCGCCGUUACAUCAUUAUUGCCAAUGACAUUACCUUCAAGAUUGGAUCAUUCGGCCCUCAGGAAGACAAAUUCUUCCACAAGUGUUCUGAGCUCGCUCGCAAGCUCGGCAUCCCCAGACUUUACCUAUCCGCCAACUCUGGUGCACGCAUUGGUCUCGCUGAAGAGCUCAUCCCUCAUUUCUCCGUUGCGUGGAAGGAUGCCAGCAAGCCUGAAUCUGGGUUCGAGUAUCUCUACCUGACGCCAGAGAAGUACAAGGCCUUCAUUGACGGUCAGCGCGAGGAUGUGAUCUGCGAGAAGGUCGUCAUCGAAGGUGAAGAGCGAUACAAGAUCACCACGGUCAUUGGUCGUGAAGAUGGUCUCGGUGUCGAGUCUCUCCGUGGAUCGGGUCUGAUUGCUGGUGAAACCUCAAGGGCUUAUGAGGACAUCUUCACCAUCACUUUGGUCACUUGCCGUUCAGUUGGUAUUGGUGCCUAUCUUGUCCGCCUCGGCCAGCGUGCUAUCCAGAUUGAGGGUCAGCCUAUCAUUCUCACUGGUGCUCAAGCUAUCAACAAGCUCCUUGGACGUGAAGUGUACACUUCCAACCUCCAGCUCGGUGGCACUCAAAUCAUGUACAGGAACGGUGUUUCUCACAUGACCGCCGAGGACGACUUUGAGGGUGUGUCCAAGAUCGUCAAGUGGAUGGCAUACGUACCCGACAAGAAGGGCAACCCAGUUCCCGUUUCCCCGACCGCAGACGAGUGGGAUCGUGACGUCACCUACUAUCCUCCUGGCAAAUCUGCCUACGAUGUCAGGCAUCUGAUCGCAGGUAAAGAGGAUGAGGAUGGCUUCCAGGCUGGUCUGUUCGACCGCGGGUCCUUCGAGGAGGCUCUCGGUGGGUGGGCCAAGACUGUCGUUGUCGGUCGCGCUCGCCUUGGUGGUAUCCCCAUUGGUGUUAUUGGCGUUGAAACCCGCUCGGUUGAGAACGUUACACCGGCUGAUCCCGCCAACCCCGACUCCAUCGAGCAAGUCACGUCAGAAGCUGGUGGUGUUUGGUACCCCAACUCCGCUUUCAAGACCGCUCAGGCCAUCAAGGACUUCAACAAUGGUGAACAACUACCCUUAAUGAUCCUUGCCAACUGGCGUGGUUUCUCUGGUGGCCAGCGCGACAUGUACAACGAGGUGCUCAAGUAUGGUUCGUACAUUGUCGACGCCCUCGUCAAGUACGAGCAGCCCGUGUUCGUCUACAUUCCACCCUUCGGCGAGCUUCGCGGUGGAUCUUGGGUCGUUGUUGACCCGACCAUCAAUCCUCAAUACAUGGAAAUGUAUGCUGAUGAGGAUUCCCGCGGUGGUGUUCUGGAGCCGGAAGGUAUCGUCGGCAUCAAGUACCGCAAGGAACGCCAGCUCGAGACGAUGGCCCGCAACGACCCGACUUAUGGUGCUCUCAAGCGCAAGCUGAACGACCCUGCGACACCUCAGGACCAGCUCCAGAGCAUCAAGGCCGAAAUGACGGAGCGCGAACAGCUACUCCUGCCCGUAUACAGCCAGAUUGCACUUCAAUUUGCCGACCUGCACGACCGCGCCGGCCGCAUGGAGGCCAAGGGUGUCAUCCGCUCUGCCCUGCGAUGGCAAAAUGCGCGCCGUUUCUUCUACUGGCGCCUCCGUCGCCGUCUCAACGAGGAGUACAUCCUCAGGAAGCUUGCUACGGCGGCAGCACCUUCUUCCGCCGAUCACUCAUCUGCUAAGCUUGAUAACUAUACCCGUGCUAAGGGCCUUGAAAUGCUGAAGGCUUGGUGUGCGAUCCCCAAAUUCGACAACGAUGACAUGAGCGUCGCGGUAUGGUACGAGGAGAACAGGAAGACUGUACACGACCGCGUCGAGCUCCUGAAGAGGGACGGCAUUGCGCUUGAGGUUGCGCAGCUCAUGCGGAAAGAUCGUGAGGGUGGCCUUAAGGGUGUUAUGGCACUUUUGAGCACUCUGCCGACCAGCGAGAAGGAGGAAGUACUCAAGAUGUUGUCAAAAGCAUAA